CCGCCUAACUGUUGUCUUGAGGCUUUAAGGCUUUAAGAACGCCAUAUCUCAAGCUUGUCCUUCAACCAUAUUCUGACCUGCAGCCAGAAUAACUUAGUAUGCUCAAACGACAGCGUCCUCCAACGCCCCCACCAUCGCUGGAUGAGAUUCCGUCGUUAACGCCAUUUCCCGAUCGACCUAUCAGACCAAUACCACACCGUGAAACUCCUCCAAACAUGUUUUCACAUGAAUCGCGUGCUAAAAGACGCAGAAUACACCCUCCAGUGCUAGACGGUGCACAGAGAGGCUGGGGUAGACCACCUGCUUUGUCAGUGCCUCUCGCAGAUGAUAGCGAUGGCGAAGAAGAUUGGAUAGAUGGAGAGGAUGACGCGGCAACUGGUCACUUCGCGGCAUCACCGGACUAUACAGACUACAAACAGGCCAAUACUAUGCUACACGAGAUCCAUGCUCUACACCAGCACAGGCUUAUGAUCACCCAACCGAACUCACAACCACCGUCACAUCUAUAUUUGCCCCCUCAGGCAGGCUUCUCAGCCCUUCCACCGCCUAUGGCCACUCAUCCACAUAAUCUUUGGCAUUCCACUCACGGUUUUCGCUAUCCUCCUUCUAUUUCCUCCAAUGGCAAAUUAUUUAUACCAACACUGCCGGAACGCCCUUUGCCCGAGUUCUAUUCCCAUCUCCCACAUGCGGCCCAAGCUCCUAAUGAAUUAGCUGCACACACCCCAUUGGAUUUUCACGAAGUCAAGUCCGUGCGAGAACGCUAUGAGGAUACCAAUAAAUUGUUGGGAUCAGUAUUCCUCUCGCGGAGACGGGAACUUCAAGAGAGCCCUAUUUCCAGUACUCCUGUCACAGAGCGAGGUCACUGACCAACACCGGAACUUACUAUGAGAUCGAGCCCUUAGAUCAGGUGCUGUGGACAUAGACAUACUAUACACCCGUCGUGAUCGGCACCUUCAAUUCUAUCAUCGUUCAGUUCGCCAUUACGGAUAUCUUCUUCAUUACUAUCGCGUGCUCGUCCUCACAUCCUACUUUAUUUGGCAUGUUCGCAUCCUUUCAUCUAUAAGCAUCCUUGGGCACAUUG